UCUAGCUCAGGUGAGGUGCGGCUCUGGAGAGUUCGCCCGAGGAAGGAAUCUGCAAGAAGAGAGGAACGGAAAUCGGUGGGGACGGGAUUUUUUUUUUGGCGAACGUUCUAGUUUUGUUAUUUUAUAUUGUGAGAAGGAAGGGGGAAAAAGACUACGUGGAGUUUUGGGAAACCUGUGAGGGGACUUUAAAGUCCAAGGAGCAGAGCGGCUGUCCAGGGUAAAGAAAGUCUCUUUCACUCUCUCCCCUUUGCCCGUCCGGCUGUGUGCCGACAGAUAGAAGAACCAUGGCGGAGCAAGAGAGCUUGGAGUUCGGCAAAGCAGACUUUGUUCUGAUGGAUACGAUCAAUAUGUCAGAGUUCAUGGCAAACCUGAAACUGAGGUUUGAGAAAGGCCGAAUUUACACGUACAUUGGUGAAGUGGUGGUUUCUGUUAAUCCAUACCGUUCCAUGAAUAUCUAUGGGAAAGAAACCAUUGAGCAGUAUAAAGGACGGGAACUGUAUGAGAGACCACCUCACCUCUUUGCCAUUGCUGAUGCAACUUACAAAGCCAUGAAGAGGAGGUCAAAAGACACCUGCAUUGUCAUAUCAGGCGAAAGUGGUGCUGGUAAAACAGAAGCAAGCAAAUAUAUCAUGCAGUACAUUGCAGCUAUUACAAAUCCCAGCCAAAGGCAGGAAGUGGAAAGGGUUAAGAACAUGCUUUUAAAAUCAAAUUGUGUUUUGGAAGCCUUUGGAAAUGCUAAGACAAACCGCAAUGAUAAUUCUAGUCGAUUUGGAAAGUACAUGGAUAUUAACUUUGAUUUUAAAGGUGAUCCUAUAGGAGGUCACAUCAAUAACUAUCUGCUGGAAAAAUCUAGGGUUAUUGUGCAGCAGAGAGGAGAAAGAAGCUUUCACUCAUUUUACCAGUUACUCUUGGGAGGACCUGAAAAGUUGCUGCAAUCUUUGCAUAUUGAGAAAAACCCUACUGCCUACAAUUUCAUCAACGGUGGAGGAGUAGUCAAGUCUGCCAUAAAUGAUGCUGCUGACUUUAAGGCUGUUGCAGAUGCAAUGAAAGUGAUUGGAUUCACAGCAGAAGAGAUUCAGACAGUUUACAAAAUCCUUGCUACUAUUCUGCACCUGGGAAAUUUGAAGUUUAUGAUGGAUGGUGACUCUAUUCUCAUCGAAAGCACUAAGUUGGUGUCAGUGAUUGCAGGACUGCUGUCAACAAAAGCUGAUGCAGUAGAAAAGGCUUUGUUGUAUCGCACUGUAGCUACAGGACGUGAUGUGAUUGACAAGCAACACACAGAGCAAGAAGCCAGCUAUGGACGGGAUGCAUUUGCCAAGGCAAUAUAUGAUCGCCUUUUCUGUUGGAUUGUCAACCGAAUCAAUGAUAUUAUUGAAGUUAAGAAUUAUGAUGCCAGAAUCCAUGGGAAAAAUACUGUUAUUGGCGUAUUGGAUAUCUAUGGUUUUGAGAUCUUUGACAACAACAGUUUGGAACAAUUUUGCAUCAACUAUUGCAAUGAGAAGUUACAGCAGCUCUUCAUCCAGCUUGUCUUGAAACAGGAGCAGGAAGAGUACCAGCGUGAAGGUAUCCCCUGGCGACAUAUUGAUUACUUCAACAAUCAGAUCAUUGUCGAUUUAGUAGAGCAACAACACAAAGGGAUCAUUUCAAUUCUUGAUGAUGCCUGUGUUAAUGUGGGAAAAGUGACAGAUAAGAUGUUCUUGGAAGCCCUGAAUAAUAAAUUGCAGAAACAUGUUCAUUAUUCCAGCCGGAAGCUUUGUGCCACUGACAAGACCCUGGAAUUUGAGCGAGAUUUUCGGAUUAAGCAUUACGCUGGGCAUGUUGUAUACUCAGUUGUUGGCUUUAUUGACAAAAACAAGGACACUCUCUUCCAAGAUUUCAAACGGCUAAUGUACAACAGCUCUAAUCCUGUACUGAAGAUCAUGUGGCCGGAGGGAAAACUCAGUAUUACAGAAGUGACAAAACGUCCUUUAACUGCUGCCACCUUGUUUAAGAACUCCAUGAUUGCUUUAGUAGAAAACUUGGAAUCAAAAGAGCCUUACUAUGUUCGAUGUAUUAAGCCCAAUGAGCUAAAAUCUCCACUGCUGUUUGAUGAGCAACGUUGCCAGCACCAGGUGGAAUAUUUAGGUUUAAUGGAAAAUGUACGUGUUCGAAGGGCAGGAUUUGCUUACAGACUGACUUAUGAAAGAUUCUUGCAGAGAUACAAGAUGAUUUCAGAGUUCACAUGGCCAAAUCAUGAUAUGCGGUCCGACCAAGAAGCUGUUAAGAAGCUGGUGGAGUGCUGUGAGUUUCAGCAUGACGUGGCUUAUGGGAAGACAAAACUCUUCAUUCGGACACCAAAGACCUUGUUUACUCUAGAGGAACGGCGAACACGGAUGAUUGAACGGAUCGUUCUUUUCCUGCAGAAGGUCUGGAGGGGAACGAUAGCUCGACUUCGCUAUAAACGCACAAAAGCUGUCUACAUUAUCAUAAACCAUUACAGGAAGUACAAGGUGAAAUCUUAUAUCCGGGAGGUCGGCAAGCGUUUUCAGAACAUUGGGACCAUGAAGGAUUAUGGUAAACAUGUGAAAUGGCCAACUCCACCCAAGAUCCUACAUAAAUUUGAUGAAACAUUGCAGUCUGUUUACCAAAGAUGGAGAGCAUUUCAGCUGAUUAAGAGUAUCCCACCUGCCGACCUGCUGCAGGUCAGAGCAAAAGUUGCAGCUUUGGAGAACCUGAAGGGUCAGAGAGGUGACUUGGGCCUCCAGAGAAGUUGGGAGGGCAAUUACCUGGCAACCGAUAAUCCACAGAUGACACCUGCCUUCUCUGCAAGAGCUAAUGAAUUGAAGCGAAAGGACAAAUACAUGAACGCACUCUUUUCCAGCCACGUACGGAAGAUAAACCGAUUUAAUAAAUCUGAAGACCGUGCAAUUUUCAUCACUGACCGACACCUAUACAAAUUGGAUCCACUGAACCAAUAUAAAGUGAUGAAGACAAUUCCUUUGUAUAAUGUUACUGGAGUGAGUGUGUCAACAGGAAAAGAUCAACUCAUUGUGUUCCACACAAAGGAUAACAAAGAUCUCAUUGUGUGCCUUCAUAAAAUGCACCCAGCUAAUGAGAACCGCAUUGGAGAGCUUGUGGGCGUUGUGGCCAAUCACUUCAGAAGUGAGAAAAGGAACUUUCAGGUGAAGGCAUGUGAUCCUGUUCAGUGUUUCAUGCAUGGCAAGAAGUACACCAUCAUUGUGGAGACCAAAAUCAGCCAGUCGCAGCCUGACUUCACCAAGACUCGCUCAGGAUUUGUCCUUUCCUGGCCUGGAAAUUAAAUGCCUUUUUUUUGAUUCAGUGCAUAAUGCCCUUCAAAUUCACCUGGAGGAAUCCAGCAUGAAUGAUGGGAAAAGGGGCGUGUCUGGUUCACAUUUAGUAAUAUAAGCAUUCAUGCUGCAGACAUACUUUCCAGAUGAUAUGCCUCUUCUGACUGAUCUGCAUUAACCUCUUUGUUGUAUUUAAUAUUCCUUGACCUGCUUCCAGCUGAAAUCGGCUUUGUCUCUUUAGUCUAUCAUGAGUUUUGCCUUGAUCUCUUUAAUUAUGAUGCAGGCUCUGGUUUAGUUUUUCAGGGUUAUAAACUUUUGCACUCGCUAUUUAUUUUUUUAUUUAAACAUUUUAAUGCAAUUUUAAUCAUGGAAAAUAAGAGGGAGCAAAUUCUUCCUUAUGAAAAUGCUUAAUUAUUUUAAGUCUGUAAAUUCACAGACCAUUAUAAAGUUAACUGUUCUUAGGGUAACUCUUAUGCUUCAGAUGUUCAUCUAAUAUUCCACAUUUAGGUUCUGCUAAUCAUAACUUCUUUCUUGUGUCAGGCCAAAAUUCUGAUAGGAUCUCUGCAAAUCUGUGGGCCACAAUACAGUUUGAUUACAUGCCAAGCAACCUACCUUUUCUUGUGUAUUAUGUUAAAUGAGCAAAAACCUUGAACUUGCAAGGUCCUUUCUUUCCCAUUUUUUAAUCUCGUUCUAAAGAGGUUUUUGUCAUGUCAGUCACACUGUAUAACUUUCAAUCAGACUUAGAACCAAUCUUGGUUUUACAGAAUGUCAGGUUUGUGUUUUACCACCCCUAUGCCAACAUUGCAAUAGACACAAAUAUAUUCACACAUUUUUGAAGUGAUGUGCUGACUUAUUCAAUUCAGAUGCUGGCGAAUGUGCUGUUUUCACCACAGCAUCUGCUAACAAUAGCAUAUCCUGAUGAAGUGAGACUUUCAACUACUCAUAAAUUAACCUAUAUUCAUAGCCAGAAUUCAUUUUAUCACAAGAUCUGACAUAAUCUUAUUUAAAUCUUCUUUUGGGGAUAGCUUGUUUCUCUGUUUUAAUUCCCCUUACAUUUAAUUCUGAUUUUUAAAUUUAAUUCUAGACUCCAUCUAGAGUCCCAACCUGGGAUCCACAGACCCCUUGGUUAAUGGUAAGGUUCCAUGGUAUAAAGAGGUUGGGAACCCCUGGCUAGACCAAUGCCUCUGCUGUUGAAGGGGUGAACACAGAGUUCGGUCUGAGGGUAAAUUCAAUGCUACCUGUAGCAGGCUGCUAGGUAGUAAUAGGCACUGCCCCCCCUUUCCCCUUCCCACUUCCCACUAAUAUACCCGGGUCCCAUUAUCUUCAGUGCCGCUCUAGUUGUUGAAACUGCAAUCAUAAGAAUACAGAAGGACUGAUAUUUCCAGUCAUUUAUGCCAUUGUAAUUCAGCGCAGCUACUUAAAAUGCAAAGCCAAUAUGCCUUGUCCAGUAGAUGUCCAUUUUUUAGAGCUAUUUGCUUAGUGACAGAGACAAUGCAUGACCAGUUUCGAUGCUUACCAAAUUCUAGUCCUACAUAUAUAAGGGGAGAUUUUACAUUCUGUAAUUUAUUUCUUCAUUUGACUCCUGCAAAGUGAACAAUCUAUCUCAAACUUGUCCUCACAUGUCAAAAGCCCCCAGUGAAGUAGUGGUGUGUCCCGAUUAUGGAAUAGUGCUUACUACACAGUAAGUAAACAUAGAUGCUGUACUAGUCACAGAAUACAGGCCAUGCAGAGCAGAUAAAGAGCCAGUGGGUCAAAUUUCUGCAGGGUUUCCCUUUCUCUGCCCAGAAGAUUAGCAGAAAUCUCCAAAAAAGAAAUAAUUUCUGCUCUUUCUUGAUGGCUCGCUGUGAAAGUUGUAAGGGGAGAUCAGAAGAAAAUCAAAGGACACUUCAGGUGAAAAUGUUAAAAGUGUCAGUCAAGGAUUGAAAGUAAAGCAAAAGUCUUCUAAGUCUUAUUCCAGAUCAUGUCUGUGGAAGAGUUCCCUUCCAUCCCUUCCAAGAUUAUUUAACUUGACCAGCAUUACGGUUGGCUGUAAAAUUUGCUCAUUAAUUCCUGUGGUGCCAACUUCAUCAGAUCAAGUGGCUAAUUAUGAUGAUUUUGAAUCUUGCUGUGUAAAAAUUGGGGUUUGCAUUUCCUUGAAAAAGGCUGUAUUUCAUUAGCUAUUAACAGCUUAGGGUUCUCCUGGAAUGUGCAGUAAUGCAAAGUAUACAUUCAUUCCUUCGGGAAUCUUGCAGUCCACAAAACACACAGUCCUUAAAAAUCAUAGCAGCUGGUGCAUAAAGAACCUUGUGCACAGCUGAAGUUCAGUCUUACCUGGAAAUGCAACCAUUGAAAUUUCACAAGUGCAUUUAAACCACUUCCCUCCUGUGAGUCAAAGGCUUUAGUGAUAUAAUUUCCUCUCAUUAUUGGUUUCUGCUAUAUUUUUCAAUUUAUUGUAAAACUGGAUAGGUUUAAUCUGUGACUGUCCACCUGCAGAUCCUUGACCAUGCGGUCAAUCAACAAAUGCUAAAUCAUGCAAUAGGCUCAUUGUCCAAUCAUCUGAUUCAAGUUAAUGACUGCAACUGACUGGACAGUGUUUCUUAUUUUUUAAAAGUAAAGGAAAACUUCACUGUAGUUCAGCUGAUUAUUAAAAGAACUAUAUUCCUUUGAGUAAAAAAUGUCACUUAAAUAGACUCAGCUGGACUAAUUUUUUUAAUAAUAGGUAGCUGAAUAUGAAUUAGACUUCUAGAACUCUGGCCUUUUAUUAUGUAGUUUAUGCAUAGCUGACACCAGAGAGUCAUAGAAAAGUACAGCGCAGAAACAGGCCCUUUGGCCCAUCUGGUCAGUGCCGAACCAGAUUUAAUAAGCCACAUUUUGCACAUGCUGAAGUAAUAUCAGAGAAUUAUUACAUCUUUUGAAAAGUGGAUUGUCUAGAAGGUUCACUCUGAUCAAUUGCCUUUUAUAAAUGUACCAUUUUUGGAAAGUUUGGCUCAAAUGAAAAGAGAUGAUGGAUUUUAUUAUUUGUUUCUCCCCAGAACAAUCAUGACAAAACUCUAAACAUUGUUACUAAUUAAUAUUGAGCUAUAUAUCCCAAUGAAAAAAAUAAUAACCAAAGAUAUGGGUGUAUAUUGUACACACUGACACAUGCUUGUCACCAGGCAAUCCUUAUUUAUUUAGCUGCACUAAAAAUGCUUGAUCCAUCUUCAAUAACCUGCGAUGUUGUGUGGAAUAGCCAAGGCUUUAAUAACCUGUGAAGGAUUCUUUUUUUUGCUUUUCAGAGCUCAUGCUUGAUGUGUUCUGCUGGAUGUUAAGGUGGUGAUUCUUUUUUGAUUUGAUUUACACCAAUGAACUGCUGUUUUCUUCUGAUAGAUUUUAUGCUUGCUGGUAUCUCCAAUAAUUGACUUGAGUCAAACUACAAUUCCCACUCUGCAACCUGGUUACAAAGCUUGGGAACAUUGUUUUUUGAAAAUGUUCACCACCCAAAGGACUGUAAAGGUAUCAAACACUGACAAAGCAAAUAGCAUUCUUAUUUUGUGUUAUAGUUCAAGAGCUGAAGAGCUUGCAAGGGACCUCUCAUGACACAUAUUGUGAUGGAGGGGAGUUGCAGUGUCACUGGCAACAAGGAAAAAAUUAGCUCAACAUUUGGUACUUUCCCACCCCGCUAAUGUGCUGACAUAUCAGCUUUAGUGAUGGGCAGGUAUCCAAAACAAGUUUAUUUUAUAUUUAACAUCUGAUUUUACAAGAACAGGUGGGUUAGCUGAAAGAACAUCAAAUAUGCAAUAAAUUGUGCCAGCAACACAUGCAGUUGUUCAAGUGCCUUUAUAGUUGAGAAUUCUAGUGAUUGGAACAUGCACCUGAGAUCUUCUGUAUCGGCAUCUUAGAUAUUACCAAUUGUAAUAAAAUGAUGUAUUUAAUCACUGAUGUAUCAUGUAUAAAUCAACUUUACAGAAUUCAGAUUAAACCAAAUAUGGAUAAUUACGAUAUCAGAAGCAUAAUUUUGAUUAUGUUUUGAUUAAAUCAAAGUUUAUGAUGCAAUUUUAUUUGAUAUACUUUUUGAUUUGUAAAUUAGUGUUUCUGAAAAGCUUUGUAGCCUUUAUGGGCUAUUCAAUAAUUUACUUAAUUUUCAUAAAUGCUUAAAAUGUUCCACACAAGAAAAAACAAUUAGUGCUUUCAUUAAAUAAAAA